AUGUUACAACCGAGUGAGAUGGAUUAUAUUAUUCAAAAUAUGCAGUUUAAUAACGUUACGAACCUAGAAGCCAUCAAGAACGAGAUAUCGAACAAACUAACUCAGGUUUAUGUGAAGGCACUAUUGAGUGGAGUUCAAAAGAGAAGGAAAAGAGCUUUAGGGAGCAUUGAUGCUGUGGUAAGUAUCUCGUGACAAUAUUUGAAAGACAUUGAAAGAGAGAUUGAAAGAGCAAUAGACCUUAUGCGUAAUGACGUCAAAAGGCGUGACGUACGCGGGAAAUUCCGGUCUUAGUGGUCACGGCGGGCACUGUCGUAGGUGAGUGUGCUGCUGUUCUAUGUUCUAUUAUUUUAUUUUAAUUUUCUUAUUUUAUUGGCUUUUGCCAACUAGGGCAGGAUCACCACAACAGCAUAUACCUAACCCACCCUGUCAACUUUCCCUGUGGGAGGAAACCGGAGUACUCGGAGGAAACCCACGACUUUCGGCAGAGCGUUAACUUUUACUCUUUUCGCAUGAGGACUGGGUGCGAAUCUCAUUGAGGGAGUUCUCACUGAGGCUCAGACCCACGACCUUAGAGGUGAAAGGCAAGUGCACUAACCAUUUCGCCACCGAAGGCCCAUAGAUCUGUUCAAGCCAAUGAAGACCCUACAUGUAGUUCUUUUCAGAACUCUUGUGCGGGUCUUCAAAAGGUUUGGUAGUCCUGAAAGUAACGGCAACGGGCCGCUUUCAUCGACCAGUACAAGUAAAAGAAAUGAGUGUUUUACGUGUUGUAUUCCUGCCUGGUUUGCCAACAGUAAAAGAAAUCCAGAACUAUAAUCUGUUAUACAUUAUAUAAAGGAGUUGCAUUUAUUUGUUAGUCCAUAAUUCGUUUGCGGUAGGCUUUGCAACAUUCAAAUAUGGCAGCUGGUUCAUGUAGGUUUUACGUCCUCUGGAAAAUGCAAAAAAAAAACACUCUAUGACCUGUUGUUGGUAAGAAAUCUUUGCAGGCAACUACAUUUAUACCCACAUCUUACGGAGUUCUUUUACCACUUGAAAAAUUAUAAAAAGAAAAACCACCAUUUCUUUUACUCGUGCUAGUCGAUGAAAGCGGACUGUUUCCGUUACUCUCAGGGCUGCCAAACUUCUUGAACACCCGUGCAAGAGUUCUUAAAAGAACUAGCCAGCGUCUUCAUUGGCUUGACGACAAAGAACAGCAGCGCACUCACCUACGACAGUGGCCACGUUGGAUUGUUUUCCAGCCGUGACCACUAAGACCAUAAUUCAACGCGUGCAUCACGCCUUGCAUUGUGACGUGAUGAUGCAUAAGGCCUAUUGGAACCGGAGAUAGUUUCGCAGGUUAAGCAUAAUUACCAGUGAUAAAGAAUUGAGAAAUAUAACGGAUAAGGCUCUUAAAGAGUCUGGCUCGACAUAAUUGUUUGACUUCCCGCCAUUUUGGGUAGCAAAUGUUUAGAGCUAUAAAUAAAAACAUCUACACAGUGUUUUUGUCGCUCAAAUCGCGUGAUAUUUUAGCGUGACGUAGCAUUCCCGCGUGACUAAAAACGCCUAUCUUCUGGACUUGUGAUAACCUGCCUUAUUGGUCACUGUCUGUCAAACUGAAAACACUCUCGUCAUGCACAUGCGACUGAGACAAACAUAAAACCACGAUGAAUUUUUUUGUAUGUUGACGAAUGUGCCCUGAAUAAUGAGAUGUUAACUUUGUGAGUGGAAGUACGUGCAUGCAGAGCCUGUUGAUGCGUGUAAAUGUAAUGGGAUAUGUUUCACAAUCAUGGUAUAUAUAUUCCACUAGCCCGGACUCCAUGCAGCCUUUAUGUGAAUAGUCAUUUUGGAAAUCAUCGCUUCUUUGCUCUCGCUGAGUUUUACAACAUCUAUAUUUUAAUUUUUGCAAUAUACUCCUCGAUAUAACCCUUGCGGACUUAGCAUUUAUCGAAUCAUUAGUUUGAGCUAAGGACAAAGUUUGUAUUGUACGUGUUUUUUUUGUUACCCUCUGCAAGUGAACCGUAUAUAUAUAUAUAUAACUGAUUAAUUAAUUAAUCGAAGUAUACACUUUAGGCAGUACUGGAGUGCAUGAUUCAGGAAAAUAUAUAGAGAAUAAUACAUGGGUGCGCGGAAAUACCAGUUUAUUUCGAGUGUUAAACAUGAUAUCUCACGAGUGAGCGCAGCGAAGGAUUCCCUGCUGGCAGAGGUCUCUAUUUGCGAGGUCUCUAUCUGACACUUCCUCAGUCCAUGAUCGUGGACGAGUCAAACCAGUUUGUAAAACAAGUUCUGAAACCGGGUUAGAGAAACAAAUAGUACGCAUGCUCAGAGCUGAAUUACGCUGUAAUGACAUUGAGCCCGUAGUGUCAAAAUGGCGGCUUGCACAGCGUGGUCAUUUCAAGGUUUUUCAUGUUGUUUGAAAGUGCUCUAAGUUAUGUAAUUGAUAUUUUUAAAGAUGAAACUGUGAAAGCAUUGACAGAAGUUUUAUCGGGCCGAGAUAUAGAGAUUUCUUAAUGGGAAUUGCUGACGUAUGGUAUUUUCGCACACGUUAAUUUGUUUUCACAAAACGAACCUGAAAAUAAACAUUGAAAAUUGAAACAUUGAAAUUAAAAUUCUGCCAAAAACAUUGCCGACAAUGAACGAAUUCGCUCGUACGUAAACACGGGCUAGUGCUGAUUGGACGAAACGUUUUUCGCACGUGUGAAAUAAUCGUUUCGCGUUUCUGAUUGGUUGACGUUAAUCUUGAAAGGGCUUUUCACAUUAAUAAAACCGUGCGUAAAUAUCAGUAUCUAUACAAUAAACAUUUGUUUGCCUUCAAACUACAGUAAGUCUUUGAAAUACCGAAAAAACUCGGUUUGAUAUCACGUGGUGAACAUCACUCGUCAUGGCAAUAUUUGCACAUGCACGACAGAAAACGUGUCAGAUCUAGGCAGAGGUCUCUUCUCCUGCGCUUCCCAGCACAAAUAGAGACCUCUGCCAGCAGAGAAAGCGAACGAGUAAGAUAUCAUGUUCAACACGAGAAAUAAAUCUGGUAUUUCCAAGCACCCAUGUAUUUUUCUGUUUAUUAUAUAAAGGACAGUCUUUGAAAAGCGAUAAUUUUUACAGAAAAGCAAUAAUUGAAAAGCGAUAAUUUUCACAUGUGAGAUUAUCAUGAAUAAUCUCACAUGUGAGAUUAUCACUUUUAUCAGUGCUCGAAAUCUCUUUCAAGCACUCAAUAAUUCAUAAGCCUAUUGGUAAAUCAUGUCAACCAUAGUAUGUCACCUGCAGUGGCUUUAAACCUGAUAAAACACUCCUAAUUAGUAUUCUUUAUAUAAAGAAUAUGAAUAAGGCAGUAUCUAUUGUAGUCGUGUCCACAUUAGUAUUCUUUAUAUAAAGAAUACUAAUAAGGCAGUAUAUCUAUUGAAUUUGUAGUCGUGUUUGAAACCGUUUAAUAAACUCGCAGGUCGUGUUUUAUUAGAUCUAAAGCAGGGCGCUGUAAAACACGGGCGGUGAAACGGCUAUGGCGCCCCUGAUCUAUGUGUGAUGCAGGUCCCCCCGCAUAUUUUCAUUUUUAUUCGAAUUCGAUGUGGUUUGAUCAGACAUGCAUGUUUGUUUUGACUUCUUUUUAAAAUUACUUAGUAAAAAGGUACAAUUCAAGCUGAAUUCACAAUGGAUUUGGGAUCUGUGCUAUUACUACAGACAAAAUCUUUUUUCCGGAUUCUUAAUCACGGCUGAUUAUAUGGGGAAUGUUGUAGUGUGAUAUAAGUCUGGGAUCUCACUCACGAGAAUCGAUUGUUUUUGCAAAACAACUUCGUUCGUUUAUAAGAUGAAAAAAAAGACGAAGAAAAAGUUUUUUAAACGGCUGUUGUUGUAAAACCUGCAACUGGAAUGUGUGUUUGGAAAUCAGGUAUGUUCAAUCACAUGUAUUUUUGUCAAGUUCCACCAGAUGAAGCGCCAUAAAUUGAUAAAAACAGCAAGUUCUUUUUUUCAAGCGAUAGUUUGUUGUCGCAGUUUUACAAGCGCGGAAAAUUUUUAACUUUUAAAUAUUUCAUGCACAAUAUAUGAAAACUAGUUUUAUUUUGAUGUUUUUGUAUAAUUUAAGUACCUAGUUUUCUGAAAAUCACCAAAUGAGAAUGGGCUUUUUUAAUUUUUAAACAUUUUUUUGGCCUUGUUUUUGACAUGUGCAUGCCAAAUCUACACAUGAAAUAGACUGAGCUGACAUGCUGAAAUUUAAGGCUAAAAAAAUAUGUUUCGACGAAAAAGUCUGUCUUUUUUUGAUAAAUUUCUGAUAUAUUAUGACUCGAUUUUAGUUUGUACAAUUUUUUAGGGGAUGUUUCACACCUAGGAAAAAAACUACAUGCAAAAAAUACAAUUUUUCCGCGGUUCUUUUUCAAAACGUAAACAUGGCCGCAUCCUCGGCAGUUUGUCGAGCUGACAUGCUGAAAUUCAAGGCAAAAAAAUAUGUUUUGAUGAAACAGUCUGUCUUCUUUUAAAAAAUUUCUGAUAUAUUAUGACUUGAUUUCAGUUUCUACGAUUUUUUAGGGGAUGUUUCACACCUAGGAAAAAAACUACAUGCAAAAAUACAAUUUUUCCGCGGUUCUUUUUCAAAACGUAAACAUGGCCUCUAAAAUGGCCGUAUACGUUGUACUUUAUCGAGCUGACAUGAUCUAUAUAUUGUUUUUGAAACUAAUUGUUUUUGAACUAAUUAUGUCUUUGACGGCUUGGGGAAUGUUAUUUGUAUCUAAAAUCAAAUAUUGUAGCAAUAUAAUUAGAUUGAACAAUAUUUAAAAUGUUCCGCUUGAUAUUUUAAAAACUUUCGUGUUAACUUGCGUUGCUUCUCCUUGCGAUACAAAUGAUGAACAGCACUAUGUUCAGGGAAAAAAGUUAUAGCAAAAAAAGUCCAAAAAAGUCCGACUCUUAAUUUUAAUUAUUCUCAAGUAUGUUAAUUUGGGAAACUUUUUGUGCUAUCAAAUUCACCUAGGACUACGUAGAGCGUUAAAAAACUCGUAUUAAAACCUGACUUUGUGCGCAAAAAUAACAAAUUUUGAAGGGAACAAAAAUCAAAACAUUUCUUAAAACAUUGACAUUUUACAACGCAAUGCGCUUUUUGUUUAUUUUAAUUAAGUAAAGCUGAAGUAUAAUAGUGUUUCUUUCAAAUUACGUUAAAUAAUUAUGUAAUAAUUUAAAACUUACCUAUAUUUUCGUUUGUUAUUUCGUAGUCUUCGGCAAAUCUUUUUGUUGCCAUUUUUGUGCCGUUCUUUUUGUAUUUCUCGCAAAACGCGCGCUUUCGCCAGUCUCCAGCCGCAUCACACAUAGAUCAGCGCGAUUACCGCGCGUUUCCUCGCCCGUGUUUUACUACGCCCUGAUCUAAAGCCACUCGCGCUGCGCGCUUGUGACUUUAAACCUAAUAAAACACUCCUGACUCCUGCUCGUUUAUUAAACAGUACAUAAAGCACUAUACUUUAUAUAAUAAGAUACAAUAAUUUAUAUUGACAACGCAGUGUUUUUCUCAUGAAUAUAUUGUAUCAUGUUUCCCUCAUGACGCGGCUCUGAAAUAGAGUUGAAACACUGUUGGCAUCGCAAGAAUAACAUACGUUGCGUUUAUAUGUUAAGUCAAAGUCGCGAGCUGAAUAUCUCGGCGCUUAAAUAUAAACAUGACUGUGCUCUCCCCCAGUGGCUCGAUAGCUCAAUUGACUCCGCCAAUUGAAUCUACCCAUAUUAUUUACCCGAUUCGCAAUUGAGUCUACUCAUAGUUAAGUCUACUUUAUGUUGACAAUACAUGCAGUGUUGGAUUUUUCUCGAUAUUGUAUAUCGAGUGCAUGCAUUCAUUAUUGGUUAAUUUGUAGUUUGGUAUUUAGUGUACAGUAUAUACCAACCAUCACUUUGUCUUAUUAAAUCUUAAUCCGCCGCCCAGCAGUCCAGAGGUGUUUGAAUUUAAAUAUGGCCAUCGCUUUAUUCCUAUAUCUUUAUCAAAAGCCACACGUCGACGUCGUAUGCCAUAAACCUAACUUGGAACUGUAUAUCUCUUGACUGGUCAUUAGGACUGUUUAUAUCAGUGUUUACCAUGUAUAAUCCAAUGCCUUGGCAACCACGGUCUUGACCUUCUCAAAUUACAGCUUCGUCGGUCCAAAACAAAAUGGCAAAUAAUAGCAAAUCAGAUUGCAAAUCAUCUAUUAUUGUGGGUUCAAUUAAUGAUAUCGUAGUACUUAUAUUCGCAUUGCUCGUCGGAUUGUAGAGGUUUGUACAAUUCUUUGUACCUAUGACGUUAAUUAAACUAUAAUAAUAUAAAUAUAUGGCAUACAGAACGAAUUGUUAGUUGUGAAUAAACUGUUGAAUUUAGCAGCAUAUUAACAGAAUCCUAUGUCGGUACUCACAUAUAGGGGAGAGCCAGUCGAAGUGUGGCCGAGCUUGCAUGCUUAUUAUACCGCGACGAAUUUCAUUCGGCUUUGCAUUGGACUGACAGUUCAUUCGAGCUGGCACUGCACUACAGUUAGUCAUGUAUACUUCCAACGAUUUCGGCUGAACAUAGGCAGUACUUAAUACUUAGUAGGACCUGCAGUUGCAUUAGUUUGUUUUCGCAAGUGCUUCUGGUUAGUGCAUGUACAGAUAUUUACGUUUGAAAAAUACGAAAUACCAAUAUCUAGUAUUGUAUAUUCUGUCGAAGGAGAUAUACCUGUAUAUUCCGAUUUUCGCGUAAAUAGUGUAUUUAUACAUCUGAGUAUGAAACCAGCAAAGCUAAUGUAGCAUUCUUAUUAUUUGGUAAUAUCCCGCCUGUUGUCCGAAAUCCCCACCAAUGCAAAGUCAAUGUCCUGUAGGUCAGCUGGACCGAUACUGUAGUACGCUUUAAGCCAGUUUUCCACUUCAACCGUAUCUUAACGUACCUAGCAUUUUAUUUUGUGUCGAAAUAAUUUGUUCAAUACUACCCCUCACUGGAAACAAAGAAAUACGCUACGUUUCGGUAUGAUACGAUUGAAGUGGAAACCGCCUUUAGUCGAGAAAGUAAUCCGAAUUCCCCUCUGCCUUUGUAUUUUUCAGGUUACUGGAACUAGCUGGACUCAAGGUAUCUCUGCUGACGUGACAUAUUACAUCACAGAUGCUGGUUCAAUCCUCAACGCCACUUACGCAUGCUCAAUCUUAAAACGACUUACCCUUGUCGAAAUGUCCAGUAUCACUGCACCGUACACUGUCAAUUCUACACCCCGUCCUCGGACGCCCACUACCUCGGGGACCUCUGCUAAUGAUGACGACUAUCCCUCCUGGUUUAUCCCUGUUGUAGUAGCUGGCUCUGUGGGCUUUCUACUAUUGGUUCUUAUUAUUAUACUAUACUGCCGGUGGAAGAAAGGAGCGCCGCCUAAGAAAAUUCAACCACAGGCAGGUUCUCCCAUUGAGGAAGAAGUGCAUAAACCAAGG